AUGAUGGAAUCAUUCUCUGAAACAAAGUCAUCAAUAGCUACCAAUAAAUCAACAACACCGACCCAUGAAGUUCAAAUAUCAAAAGAAUUACAAGAUAUAAAGAAUGAAGUAUUUGAAUUAAAAAAAAGUCAUGAACAAUGUAAAGAAAAAGGUAUUAAAGUAAAGAAGGAUAUUAAUGAUGUUUUUAAACAUGCCGAUGAUAUCACCAAUACAUUAGCAAAACAUGAAAAGGAAUCAUCACAACUCAUUAGUAGAAUCAAACAUUUAAAUGCAAAAGAGAAACAAUUAGAUAUCACCAAAGAGUUAUCAGCUCAUCUAGAUCAAAUCAAAGUCAAUGUCAAACGUGCAAAGGUAUCAUUCACCCCCGAGACUGGCAGUAUUUUCGUUCGUUUAUUCUUGGGACAAGUAAACGUUAAACAUAUGAGAGAGAAUGAAAAGUUUAGAUUAAAGCAAGAAUAUGAGAAAUUUAAAAAGAAAACCAAUCCACAAUUCAUUUUAUUCGUUGUAUUGUUAUUACUAUAUCCACAAAGUAGUUUUGUUACCACCAGUUGGCAGAUUUGGUUACUCUACUACUACAUCACAUUGGCAUUACGUGAAAAUAUUCUUUUAGUUAAUGGUAGUUCAAUUAAACCGUGGUGGAUUAUGCAUCAUUAUCUCUCGAUUGCUGGUUCAUUAACAAAUUUACUCUUCCCAUUGUCUGAAUCUUUCUCUUAUUUCCUCCCACAAGUAACUUAUUUCUCUGGUUGUCAAGGUCUUGUUCAAAUAUUGACAAAUCGUUAUCAACAAGGUCGUCUCUAUAAAUUGGUUGCAAUGGGUAAAGCAAAUAUUAUUGAUGUAACUGGUGAAUCUGAAGGUUGGGGUAAUGACCCUGGUUGGACACCAUCAGCUUUAUUCUUAUUUCCAUUUUUAUUAUUUGUACAAUUUUUCCAAUUAUAUAAUUCAUUUUCAUUCUUUGCAUUCGCAUACCAAAGAAGUGGUUAUGUUGAAUGGCAAGUAUUUUCAUGUGGUUUCAUAUUUUUAUGUCUUGGUCUUGGUAAUCUUCUUACUACUCUCUCAGUUUAUUACCAAAAAUGGAAAAACUUUUCAAAAUACAACAAAGAAAAUUAA